AUGGCGACGAUAGCUGUACACCCAGAUUUUGCUUACGUCAUUUAUGUUGUACUUGCCAGCUGGUUGUGGGUUGGGUACCUGACUCUCUGUGUGGUGUUGGCCAGAAAAAAGUACAAUGUUCCGUACCCGACUAUGUACUCUGACAAGUGUCUGGAGUUUAACUGUAUCCAGAGAGCUCACCUGAACACACUGGAAGUUUACCCACAAUUCCUUGUGCUUCUUCUGCUGGGCGGCCUUCAUCUUCCUAAACUGAGUGCUGUGUUUGGUGUGAUCUACCUGAUCAACAGAAUCAUCUUUGCCUUCGGAUAUUACACCUUCAAUCCCGCCAAUCGACGCUAUGGCGCUUUUGGUUUCUUGGCCCUUGUUGGAUUGGCGGUAAAUACCGCCAUGUUUGCGGUCAACAUUUCCGGUUCCGUUUGA